UCCCGUGUGUUGAUUUCUUUACCGUGUCAGGUCGUGAAGUUUCGUUUUCCAUCAGGUCGGCUGUUAUUCUAUUCAAAAAUGGCUUCAAAGCAUGGACCUGUCACUACCGUUACUUCGGACGGUUUACCUGCUGGAUUGGUAAUUCUCACAGAUGAAUCCGUACCGAUCCACCUGAAUCCUCAACUCGGUGACGAAAGAACCAAUGUAUUACAAGCUGCACUGGGGGAACGGGAAGUUAGCCAGGCUCUGAGACGUGUUGAGGGUGAUCACGAUCAAGAUGGUGUGGAAUUUUGUGAGAGUAUGGAAAGUCAUGGAAUUACAAUGGUAUCAACUCCGUCUCACAAUGGCGGGUAUUUUGAAGAGUCAGACCGGGUUGAUGAAGACGCCAUUAUCAAUUGGUUGCAAGACAUAAUUGUUGAAGAUGACUAUGGUAAAAUUGACUGCAAAGUCAUGAUAGAACUGGUUCAAAAAGAGUUUGGGAGCAAAAGAAGAAAAACUAGAGCAUGGCUUAAAAAAGCAUUUCCAAAAUCUUAUCUGAGGCGCUCAGAUCGAAGUCGUUGGUUCUGUGGAGUUUCGUUCAAAUCUGACAGAGGAAAGCCAGUUAUAAGUGUCAAAGAUAAAGAAUGGAUUGACAGAGCAGUUUCUUGGUUGUCAUCAUCAAUGGAAAUGAACCCAACUGUUAAAGAACGUUGCUCAGAUGUUCACCAAGCUUUGACACAACAUGUUGGUCCAGCAGCUGUGCAUUUAGCUAUAUCAGCAGUGAAAAUGGUGUUUACAAAUAUUCCAAGAAAAACUUAUUCAAGAACUGCAUUUUAUGUUGGCAUCAGAUUUAAAGACCCAUCUUUAGGACAUGGAUCAGUCCAGUCAGCUGCCAAUACAUUGACAUAUCUCAGUGACAUCAAAACUGAAUAUAGUGAUUCUGCAGCAAACAAACUAGUCAUAGCAUGGCUACAGAAAGCAUUAGUUGCAGACAACACCAAAAGAGAAACCAUAAAGCUUGUUGGACUUUCAAUCCAAAAGAGAUUUGGCAAAUCAUUACCCCAUGCCAAAGUUGCAAGAUUGGUCAAAAAGAUAUUUCCAAAUGUUACAGUGAAGCUCAAGGGACCUGCUGGUGGUAUCAUUUGGGGUGUACAUAUUGAUUCUGCUUACAGACCAACAAGCAAAUGGAUGCAGAAAGCAACUGCAUGGAUUAGAGAACUUUAUGAACCCGCAGAAUUAUCAUACUGCGAAAAUGCAGCUGUACUUUUCGACCUGAUAGCCCAAAGACUAAGCAUUGGCAAACAAUCAAAAGCAAUUUCGCUGCUUCAAGAAGCUUUUCCAGAUAUGCAAUACAAAGAAGUAGGAGACUGUCAAAUGUUAUUUGGUAUCAGACCCAAGAACAAUGUAGAGGAUGUAGAAUUCCCAGAAUUCACUGAAGAAGAGGAUUCUCUCAGUGAUGAAGUGUUGCAUUGUCUAGAUGGAAACAGUUCUAUGAACGAGGCACUUAAUAAAAGAGUAUCUAGAGAACAACUUGCUAAUACGAACAGUACAGGGGCUUCGACACCAGCAUCCUACGCCGUUACAUCAUCUUCUGCUUACGUUCAUGAUUCUGAACUCCAACCAAAAUCAGCCAGUGUUGACAUAAAAGUAGGUACAAUGUGGGAGUUGUUUAAAUCUUUCCAAGGAGUCGUGCAAGAGGAGCUUUCCGGCAUGAACAAAAAGCUUGUACGUGUGGAGAAGAACAUGUCAGAAAUUGCAAAAGAUAUUUCUCAAAUCAAGGAUGAAGUGAGCAAGCUUAUCAAGGACAAUGCGAAAUCGGCUCAGCAGAAAGACUCCCUCAUUAUCCAGCUGCAACAGACGUUGAUCAUGUUGUGUCAACAACAGCUCCAGAAGUUUAUCCCAGGUGAUCAGACUUUCCCAGAGCAGGCUUUAUCAACGCUACUGCAAAAAGGAAUUGUUAACCAAGGCGAAACUUCCGAAAGCUAACCGAACCACUUUGCAACUCGACACAAAUGCGAUGAACGACGCCGCGACGCACCAAAUCUUACUUUAGCGACCGCCUACUAGCUAGACCGCGUGAACAGUUACUGUUGUACACCCACCGCCGGUUGACCUUUUGUUGUAGAUAAUUGCAAAACACUGCUUUUCAUGACAUUAGGUAAUUUUGGUUAGCUGGUUGCUAGUAUAUUGUAAAAUGAGGGCGCUGGUGAUCCCCUUCUCUUUAAAUUGCUGCAAUUCAAGUUGCUGCCUUUCUGUUGCGUUUUAGAGAAUAUUACUGAAUGCUUCGCCAGAGUUAUUAGGUUUGAAAAUUACUGUAGUAAGAUUGUGUCAAUACUUGACGCCAAUAACCUCCGCAUACGCCAUUGUACCAGGAACAUUGUUAUUGGUUCAACAUGUCGUAACGCCGGAGACCGUCGGGUCUAGCUUCAUUGAUAAAACUCACGCAAUAAAUCCUUGCUUACUUGAAAAAAUUUGGCGUGCUGACUAUUCGUGAGGAGCUGGCCUAAAUUAGAUAUUUCGCGUCCCUCUAUAAAGCUAUAAAACUCAUUUUAUGACCCUGUUGAAUUUAGCGAGAUUAAAUGUUGUUUUUUUAAUACUGAAAAAAGUAAUACGUUUAUGGAACUAUGAAAAAAACCAAUGCAAAAACUCAUUUUCUUUUUUUGAAAUCUAACGCUGCAGAGCCCCAUGAAUUCUGCUUAUUCAGCGGUCAAAACCCAGCCAUUGAAGAACAUCUAAAAGGAAGUGGUUAAGGAGUUCAAGACGUCCUGAUUGAUAGAAUUUUCUAGGAGAAGAAAAUUCUUAGUUAGUUGUGACUCUUCCAUCCUUAUUAUGUUAAUUUGAGUUAUAACUUUAUGAGCAAAAUCAGUAAAAUUUUUGGCCCAGCCCAUCUCAAUAGAGUUCAGCCGCUUCUUGAUCCCAGAGUUCAGCCCUUCUUGAUCGUGAUUAAAUCCAAAAAUUAAGUUUUCCAUGCGUUUUGAGAAUCUGUUGAAGCCUGUAAGAGUUGCAUACAAAGAUAAAAAGAGCUGUUCUUCUGCAUAGAAAGAAAGAGUAGUCAUGCCUCAACUGAACAGACAGGCUGAAUAUUUUAUGUGGUUUUAUGUGUACAUAGAUUUUGAGCUAAUCCAAUUAAAAAAAGAUCAUGCUUAGGUGCUUGGAACGAAAACUUUUGUAAACAUCGAUAUGUUUCCCCUGUUGCUUUGUUACGCGAUCAGUGAAUGUGGGAUCAAAAGUUCUUUGCAGCAGGGUCACCAAGGUCAUUCACUAUUGGCAAGAGUUCUUAACCGAGUCGCAUAGCAGUCUGUCUCAAGGAGUCGACAUUGAGGCGGUCCUUCGGGGUGCUAUAACGUUUGCUUCUGGUACGGGAGAACAACCUUACCAUGGAAAGGUCCCCUUCAUGUACAUCAACACAAAACUCAGGCGACGCAGUAAACUUUCGCAGAGUGUGCUUACUUUGGCAUAAGCGUUUUUGAUACAAAAUUUUAUAUGAAGGGAAGGGAAAUACCAACCAAUGCUAUAUAAAAUGAAAAAAGUUUAGGGGAGAAGGGGGGUAUUGGCAAGUCGAGUUGCGAGUACGGAGAAUUGGUAUACUGCUAAAAAGCUAGUUUAGGGGUGAAAGCUUCACGAGGUGAACUGCGAGUUUUGAUCCUUAAACCCACCUGUGAUUGCAAGUGAAAGCAAUUUUGGGAGUAUAUAUUUACUGAAAUUGAAAAAUUAUAUAAAGAAAUUAAGAAAUUGCGAGACGGAAUAGUUUCUCCUCUUCGUCCAAUCCCUCGCAGAAACAUUUGCUUUUUUUAAGAACCAGCAAAUUGAAGUUCAAUGGCUGUUCUCCAUUUUUAGAAAAUCUGAGGCUAGAUUGUUCUCGACUUGUUCUUAAAUUAUUCGUGUGUAAGCAGUGCAAUUGCUAGCUAUUGCGCUUUAGGGAGGUGUUCAGGGCCCGGUUGCCUAACAAAGUUAGCUAGACAUCCUUCAUUUGGCGACUACUUUGAAAAUUCACCGAAAAAGAAUCCCUGCAUUGGAGAAAAUUCUUGUUUUUGAGACAAAACGUUGUUCGAAAUUACAUUUUAAAGAAGCUCAGCCUCAGCUUGUUCGUUAUUUGUUCUUAACUUUUGACCGUUUGAUGACUGUU